AUGGGUCAGGGCGUUUCUCUUGGAGAGGCUUCUCAAGAGCGCUACUUCCUGCAGAAAGUCAAGCUCGGAGAAGGGUCCUUCGGGACAGUUUGGCGAGCUGUGGACAGGCAGGAAAACACCAUCGUAGCCGUGAAGCAGCUCGACAAGGCAUUGCUGCCAAAGCGCGGCGUUCGCCGGCAAGAUAUUGAGCGAGAGGUGGCAGUGAUGCGGGCCGUGUCCCAUCCGAAUGUUACAAAGCUGUUCGGCAGUUGGGAGGACGCUGCAAGCAUCUUCUUGGCGCUGGAGUAUUGUAAUGGUGGCGACUUUGGAGACAAGGUGAAAGAGAAGGGAAUGGAACUUGAGGAAAGCACAGCUGCCGAAUGGAUGUUCCAAAUCGUCUCAGCCAUUGGAGUCUUGCAUAGCAAGAGUAUCUGCCAUAGAGAUAUCAAGCCGGACAACUUCAUGGUGCAUGACGAGGUCUUGAAGUUGUCAGAUUUUGGCUUGGCAGUUCACCUUCCUUUUGGCCAGAAGCUGACCGAGAAAUGCGGCACUCCUGCGUUCAUGUCACCGGAGCAACACCACCUGCCGAGAGGAAGCAGGGGUUACAGUCAUUCUUGCGACGUUUGGGCCGCCGGAAUCACCAUGUACAUGGUCAUGUUCGCUGGCAAACAUCCCUUCUUGCUGGCCAGCCAGCAGCUGGAUGAACAGGCCUUGCUUGCGGGCCAGCUGGAUUUCAGUGUUGGCAGCAGCUUCUUUGGCUUUGCCAUGACUGACCGCUUCUCGGAAUCCGCACGGUUCUUUUGCAGACAGAUGGUUACUCCUGACAUGAGCAAACGGAUUUCAGCUGCUGCCGCGUGCCACAGCGAGUGGUUCCGGGAGCAAGCUGUCGGAAAGUUUCGACAUCCCCAGGAAGCUGAUCCAGUACCAAAGGAAGGAAGCCCUGUCAUUUGUAAGCCACCUGCAAGCCCAGGAAUUGCCAGGGUGCAAUCGAAUGUGACCGUCGAUGGGGGAAAGGACAAGGAGGAGUCCAUUCAGCGCUGGUGGCCAUUCAGUGCGGAAACACCUUCGCAACCGUCGAAGCCGAAGCCGGAGCCGCUGGAGGACGAGCAUUUGGAGAAGCAAGAACUGCAGCAGGAAUUGCUGCAGCACCGGCGAGCGCUGCAGGGACGGAUGGGCUCUCCUCGAACUUCGCAGUCCGACGACGAGCUUCGGAAGCGGAUUGAAGGGUUGGAGGAGCAGUUGAGGCAACACGAGGAGCAGAGCCGCCUGCGGGAGGAGCAGAAUCGCUUGCAGAAGGAGCAGAACGAGUCCCAGUGGGAAAUGCUGGUGCAGAUGCAGCAGUUUAUCAAAGACAAGAAGAUGACGCAGGACUUGGAGGCAACUAUGGCCGGCAAGACGACGCCACCUGAGCCAGUGCAACCUGCUUCGCAGGUGACUGGGGAGACAAGUCCCACUGGGCAGCCAACUUCCAGUCGGAGCUACUCCCGCAGGACGGUGAGCGCCACGGCAGCUCCACCUGAGAUGCAGCAGAUCCCGGCUGUGCAGACUUUGAGGGCAGGCAUGCGAUGCCGGUAUUACUCAUCCACGUACGGCAGAUGGAUCAGCGCGAAAGUCGAGAAGUACCAUCCCAAUGGGACGUUUGACCUGGAUGUGAAGCAACAUGCUUCCAUCGAUUACAUCUCGCCACUCCCAGAUGUCGCAGAAGCAGAGGCCUGGCCACCUGGUACGAGCGUGAGCUACAACAGUACCUCCGCCAAGCGGUGGAUUCCCGCUGUUGUCCAAUCGCCGGGCGCUCAGGAAGCCUUGCCUUCCCCGCUGCGAUUCAGCGCAGACCUUCAGUGA